AAAAAAGAGGAACUGAUUUGGGGUGAAAAGGCAUAACAAACUGUAAACUUCAAAAGAAAAAAGAAAAAAAGGAUAAAGCAAAGAUGGGUGAAAAGAAACCAGAGCCUUUGGACUUCGUGAAAGAUUUCCAGGAAUAUCUGACUCAGCAGACUCAUCAUGUGAACAUGAUUUCUGGAUCAGUUAGUGGGGACAAAGAAGCAGAGGCUCUUCAGGGAGCUGGAACAGAUGGCGAUCAGAAUGGACUUGAUCACCCAUCUGUUGAAGUUUCCCUGGAUGAAAACUCAGGAAUGUUAGUAGACGGGUUUGAAAGGACCUUUGAUGGGAAGCUCAAGUGUCGGUACUGCAACUAUGCCAGCAAAGGAACAGCCCGGCUUAUCGAACAUAUUCGAAUCCACACAGGUGAGAAACCUCAUAGAUGUCACUUAUGCCCAUUUGCAUCUGCUUAUGAGCGUCAUCUGGAAGCCCACAUGCGUUCCCAUACCGGAGAAAAACCAUACAAAUGUGAAUUAUGUUCCUUCCGCUGCAGUGAUCGAAGUAACCUGUCCCAUCAUCGAAGGCGCAAGCAUAAAAUGGUACCAAUUAAAGGUACUAGGUCUUCCUUAAGCAGCAAGAAAAUGUGGGGAGUUUUACAGAAGAAAACAAGCAAUCUGGGCUAUAGCAGAAGAGCAUUAAUCAAUUUAAGUCCACCUUCCAUGGUGGUUCAGAAGCCAGACUACCUUAACGAUUUUACCCAUGAAAUCCCAAAUAUCCAGACUGACUCCUAUGAAAGUAUGGCAAAAACCACAUCAACUGGUGGCCUACCAAGGGACCCCCAAGAACUCAUGGUUGACAACCCUUUAAAUCAGCUCUCAACCCUGGCAGGACAGUUGUCUAGUUUGCCACCGGAAAACCAAAACCCUGCCUCUCCUGAUGUAGUUCCCUGCCCUGACGAGAAGCCUUUCAUGAUGCAGCAGCCCUCUGCCCAAGCAGUGGUUGCUGCCGUGUCCGCAAGUAUUCCUCAGAGCUCCUCUCCCACGAGCCCGGAACCUCGGCCGUCACAUAGUCAGAGGAACUACAGUCCGGUGGCAGGUCCGAGCAGUGAACCAAGUGCCCACACGAGUACUCCCAGCAUAGGAAACAGCCAGCCGAGCACUCCAGCUCCGACCCUCCCGGUCCAGGACCCGCAGCUUCUGCACCACUGCCAGCACUGUGAUAUGUACUUUGCCGACAAUAUCCUUUACACUAUUCAUAUGGGAUGUCAUGGGUAUGAAAAUCCUUUUCAGUGUAACAUAUGUGGUUGCAAAUGUAAAAACAAGUAUGAUUUUGCCUGUCAUUUUGCAAGGGGACAGCAUAACCAACACUGAUUGAAAAUAAUCACAUUAUGCUUUACUUGGUUUUACCUUUUGGUGUUUUAUAGUUUUGUUUAUUGUUUUUUUUUUUUUUUCCAGGGGGGUGUCAUUCCUAAUAAGGUGUCUGCUAAUUUAAAGUCUAUAUAUUUAUAGAAUAUAAGUUUGACAGUGGAAAUAAAAAAAAUUUUUUUUUUCUAUAGAGAUCUGGUCAGGCUCAUUUAUGUAUUAGAGCAGUGAGACACGUUGGUGUCUGUUUUUUCCUUUCACUUAGACAGUUGAGAAUUGGAGUGCAAUCAUAAUCCUAACAGGUAUUCAUUUAAAUUUCCCAUACUUACGGUCCAUAAACACUUCAAAGCUUACUGAUACUCUUGUAUUUCAACAUAUACAUUCAGCUAGAUACUACUUCUGCCAUAUUUCAACAUGGUAGAAUUAUUGUCUCUUACAAAGUCUAUGACAGUUUAUUUCAGUGUUUAGUAGAGGAAUUGCCUUUAACCUCGUUCUUUGUCAACGUGCUGUUUCAUUCACAUUGCUGAAUGUUCACAGUACUUUCAUUUCACCUGAUAAUCACAGAGCUAUUUAGUGUAGCAGAUCCUUCUUUUUUUUUUUUUUCCUUAAGGGGAAAUGUAAAACAGGUCAUUCUUUUUAAAUUCAAGUUAUAAAAAUAAGAGGCAAAAGUUCUGAAAAGAAAUGAAACCUAAAUUGAAAAAUGGGUUUAAUACUUAAAAUACCUGUUUGUUCAAUUUCUAGUUUAAAUGUGUGUCAGUUUUCCAUUGGAUUCUGUUUAUUCUGGUUUAUUGUAAAAACCACAUGAAAUGCUAGAAAUAUCAGAGGAUUAUCUCUAAAGAUGCCUUUUUUUUCUUUUAAUUUGAACCUUUCAUUUAAAUUCUUCACUCUGACGUUAUUAGUGUCAGGUGCAGUUGAUAAGUAUGCUGAGAAUCUGUUAUUCCUCCUAUUCCUUUGAUGACCAAAGAGGUACAGUGGUGGUAGUCAUCCAUCUUAUUCCUUGGAAAUGCAGUCCUUCAAAAGAAAAAAAAAAUCUCUGAAGUUUCCAUUUCCUGCCUUCUAUCCAUUUACUGCCUGUAAUUUCCAAGAAGAGGUGGGUAUAGAAACGCAUGGGAAAAUAGGAUGGUGAAGUAAUACGUAAAAAAAUGAGAACGUAUGUCCAAAACAAAUUCUGGUUUUCCCUUCAGAAUUGGCCAUUUAAAAUAUUUUCUGUGAAUUCAGCUUGUAAUGCUUAUUUGCAGUUCUGCCAGUUUUUCAUGGAUAGUGACAAAACUAGAGACUGACUGAAUCGUCGCCUUAGUAGGAAAGGGUACAAAAGUGGGAAAAUAGAUAUAAAAUGCAUUUAAAUGUGAUAUUUUAUUUGUUUACAAAAAUAUGACUUGCUAAAUCUAAAAUAAUUUUGAAUAGGAGGCUUGUUUUUAUAUUGUGUAAUAACUAGCUCACUCUAAGAGAGCUUGGUCAAACAAUAAAAUAUAUUGUUACUAACUGUUGGUUUCUGUGUACUUUGGAAAAGUUUCAUUUUUAAUUUGGUUCAAAUCUUGAAAGUGUUGCUAAUUGGCUUCUUAAAGAGAAUACCCUAAACUAUGAAGCAUUUAUGAAGCAAAAAGGACUUACACUCUUCUAUAGCAAAU